UUUGCGAUGAAGGGAACUUAUUGGAGAAAUGCCUAAGGGACGCAAUGGGCCUGAGCGACGACAAGGAUCGCAUUGUGAUAAACGUGGGAGGGAUCAGACAUCAGACAUACCGCAGCACCCUGCGCACUCUACCUGGCACUCGCUUGUCCUGGUUGGCCGAGCCUGAUGCACCCAACCACUUUGACUAUGAUGCCAAGAUCGAGGAAUUUUUCUUCGACCGCCACCCUGGCGUGUUUGCACACAUCCUCAAUUACUACAGGACAGGUAAACUGCACUGCCCGGCUGAUGUCUGCGGACCCCUCUAUGAGGAGGAACUGGCCUUCUGGGGCAUUGAUGAGACAGACGUGGAGCCAUGCUGCUGGAUGACCUAUCGUCAGCACCGGGAGGCAGAGGAGGCCCUUGAUAGUUUCGGCGGGGGGGGCCUGUUAGACCUGGUGAACGAUGAUGCGGAACCGGAGCUGGAGCAUGCUGCCGAGGAUGAUGUGGAUGAAAUGACAAGGAGGCUGGCGCAGGGAGACACUCAUGAUACCAGGAGUGGAAGCCUGUGGAGCCGGUGGCAGAAACAUGUCUGGGCUCUGUUUGAGGACCCUUACUCCACUAAAUAUGCAAGGUGGGUUGCUCUGGCCUCGCUGUUCUUCAUUCUGGUGUCCAUCACCACCUUCUGUCUGGAGACCCACGAGGCCUUCAACCCCAUCAUCAACCGCACCGAGGUGGAGGUGGUGGACAACGUCACAGUGGUGCGCACCUACCAGGAGACUGAGACUGCGCUCUACCUCACCUACAUUGAAGGCGUGUGUGUGGUGUGGUUCACUUUUGAAUUUCUAAUGCGAAUAACUUUCUGCCCAAAUAAAUGUGACUUCAUUCGGAACGCCCUGAACAUCAUCGACUUUGUGGCCAUCCUGCCCUUCUACCUGGAGGUCGGCCUCAGCGGGCUCUCCUCCAAGGCAGCUAAGGACGUGCUGGGUUUUCUGAGGGUUGUCCGCUUUGUGCGGAUCCUGCGUAUCUUCAAGCUGACCCGUCACUUUGUGGGACUGAGGGUGCUGGGCCACACAUUGAGGGCCAGCACCAACGAGUUCCUGCUUCUCAUCAUCUUUCUCGCCCUCGGUGUCCUCAUCUUUGCUACUAUGAUCUACUACGCUGAACGGAUUGGAGCUAACCCCAACGACCCUCGAGCCAGUGAGCACACACACUUCAAGAACAUCCCAAUUGGAUUUUGGUGGGCUGUGGUGACCAUGACGACCCUCGGCUAUGGAGACAUGUACCCUCAGACGACCUCUGGUAUGCUGGUCGGAGCCCUGUGUGCCCUGGCAGGUGUGCUGACCAUCGCCAUGCCCGUCCCUGUGAUUGUCAACAACUUUGGAAUGUAUUACUCUCUGGCCAUGGCAAAACAGAAACUACCAAAGAAAAAGAAUAAGCAUAUCCCUCGGGCACCCCAACCAGGUUCUCCAAACUUCUGUAAGUCGAGCAUGAGCUCCCAACAACCGAGCCCCAUACCCCAUGACGACGUUUUCGAGAUAAAGUUUCAAGAUUCUAAGCUGAAUGGUGAAGCAGCUAACGCAGCGCUGGCCAACGAAGAUUGCCCUCAUAUAGACCAGGCCAUAUCUCCAGAGGAAAUCUUCAGCCCCAGCGAGAGAGAGCGGCCCUGCUUCCUAGUCACCACUGCUGAACGCCCCAACCACACAGGGGGCAGAGUGAGGAGGGAGACCCAGCGACAGCACCGGAGCAGACAACCAACAGAGUCAGUUUGUGUUAUGAACCAUGGUGUCCCAACCACUAUGUGUAUGACCCAUAAUGGCCCAUCACCCACCUGAUAGUGCUGUAAACAUUGUUGUGUGUAUUACUUAGUCUUUUUAAAUGGGUGUGUGGGACAGUGACAACCUGUACAUCACAAACUCAGCAUAGAUGUAGCACUGAGGAAGUUUUGUUGUCAAGCCUUAUGUAGCUCAGUAUCUGUGACUGGUUACUGUGUUGUAAUUUGUGUGCCUAUUUUUGGUGUGUGCCAGUGCUGUAA